AUGCGCGGUACCAAGUGCCCGCACCUCCUGGGAUGGGUCCGCUCAUUGAUGCGUCGCAGUUCGACCCUAUCUUUCAUCAAUUUCGUUCGCUCUCUCAUACUUUACUGCUACCACCAUCGUUCUUUAUUCUACUGUCCUUCUUAUUUGACCGCAUGGUUCGCCCAGCGUAUACGCUCGUUUCCGGUUCUCUCGCGUCCCCACUUAUCUUACCAUUGUACAACUAGAGUCAUCCAUCCUGCUUUCCGCGCUCAGCGCUCACGACUCCCUCGCAUGUCGCAGUGUUUUUUUUUACCUUACGCUGUACUCGGUAUAAUCGUCGAAACUGCCGUGUUGUAG